UAUUCCGUGAACUUCUGCCAGAGAUUCGUCUUCAACCACCUGGAAAGUUUUGAGAAAGGUCUCAAGACAAUAAUGGAGAUGAAUACUACCGCUUCCUAUCCCACCAAUUCAACAGUCGUAUCUGGAAAUAAUGGCUCUGAGUUUAUUGAUGCGUAUGCUAAGGUGAGACAGUCUCUCAACAUCAUGUCUCUCAUUAUCUACUGCCUGGCCUUUGUUCUCGGUGUGCUCGGAAAUGGAGUGGUUAUCUGGGUUACCGGAUUCAAGAUGAAGAAAACAGUUAACACAGUUUGGUUCCUCAACCUCGCUGUGGCCGACUUCCUCUUCACAGCAAGUUUGCCCCUGAGUGUGGUGUACUUGGCUUCGGGUUUCCACUGGCCUUUCGGUAAGUUCAUGUGCAAGCUGAACAGCACUAUAAGCUUUCUGAACAUCUUUGCCAGUGUCUACAUUCUGAUGGUGAUCAGCGUGGACAGAUGUGUGUCUGUGGUGUGGCCCAUCUGGGCCCAGAACCACCGAAGUGUACGCAAGGCUUCCUAUGUGAGUCUUGGUGUUUGGGUGGUAUCUCUGAUUCUCAGCGCUCCAUACUUCAUCUUCAGGGAUACUGGGCCGUCAUUUUUCGAUAAAGACAUCAUCAACUGCUUCUACAACUUUGCCCUCUCUGAUGACAAUGAAUCACUGUCUGUGUUUCAGCUCAGUCUGUUUCGUCUUCAGGCUAUGACCAUCACCCGCUUCCUCCUGGGAUUUGUUGUCCCCUUCACUGUCAUUGUCUCCUGUUAUGCUGUGAUAAUCCAUCGUAUCAGAAGAAACCGCACUCUGGCCAGCCAGUCAAGUCGCCCCUUUAAGAUCAUUGCUGCAGUUAUCAUCACUUUUUUCCUGUGCUGGGCUCCUUAUCACAUCUUCUCUUUAAUUGAGAUGGUGAAUUACACUUAUCGAAGUGAAACAUUAGGCCAUGUCACCACCAUCGGAGUCCCUAUAGCAACCAGCCUGGCCUUUCUCAACAGUUGUCUGAACCCACUGCUGUACGUGUUCAUGGGCCAAGAUUUCAAGGAUAAAGUCCGCAAAUCCAUCCUGAAUAUAUUGAAGACUGCCUUCCAGGAAGAAGUUUCUGGAUCUCACACUGACGCAAAGUCAGUGGAAACCAGUCGGACCAAUGACAAGUCAGCUCUUGAUACUGAAGUAUAAGGCUGUCUAUGACAUGAAAGAAGAAAUACUGAAACUGUAUGCAUAUAUUAUAUAAUUCGUUUUUUUGCUUUUGUUGUCUUUAUACAGUUGAGGUGGAAAACUUAUCCAAGAUUGAAGCAUUUCAACAUCUUGUAGUUUGAUUUAGGAUAUGUGAGUUUUAUGUGAACUGAUGGUCAUAAUGUACAUCAUGUUGUGAUGUCUUUUGUGAGCUUAACCUUUGAUAAGCAAGGUAGUAGUGGAAUGCUUUUAGUUAAAGAGAGCAAAUGGCUAUAAGAGAUCUACGCAUUUCUGUUGUUGGCUGAUCAUUGAGUCACAAUAGAGCUAAAGGGAAUUUGUGAAAUGUCAUUUCCUGAACGAAAGAACCCUAGAGUUAUUUCAAAAUAGGUAUUUCUUAUGAGUUUAUGGUUAUAUUUGUGUAACACAAGCAAGCAAAUAAAGCUUUGUUUUUUUCCAUCUGUCACUUAUGCAACAUGUUUUUAUUAUAAUUUCCUUGCCUGUAUGUGACAGCAAAGAAAACACUCAAACAAUACAAAUCCCAGUUGUAUAUAUCUGCACAAUUUUGGAUGUAAAUCUUAUGUUUGUUAACUUUGCUCAUUUUCCCUCUAUGUUCAUUUUCACCGCACAGAUCACCCUGAAAUGUUUAUUUCUUAUAUUGUGCUGAGCAGAUGCCAUCAAUCUAUGUUGAUGCCUUCCAUACUGACACCAUAGAAAAUGUUUCACCUUUAUUUGGACUGCUGGUUUGAUAAACAUUUAUAUUUAAUGUGACUCUGUCUAUGAAAGCUACAUUCUUUUGUACUUCAUUUGAUUUUGAUUUCAAUUGUUUUCUUAGUCAUUAUUUUCCAUUAUUGAAAUACUAUUUGGACUUGUCUGUUUUCCACCCAUAAUGCAUACUGUAAUCAAUAAAUAAUGUCACCAAA